AUGGCUCAAUUAUUAGGUGUUAUUUAAGAAUCACACAAAGAUCAAUUAUAAGAUUUAAUUUCAUAGAUUCACUCUACCAAUGGAUUACUGUAAAAAAAAAAGAAUGUGUUAAAAAAAAGAAGGGAUACACUUCUUACAAUCCUGAAAGAUGUAAGAGAAACCGACACAAAAUUAGCAGAUUCAAAGCUAUCUUGCAGCACAGCACUCUACUCCUCGAUGAAUGAUGAUAGUGAUUUGAUUCAAAAACUGUAUGAUGAAAUCUCACAGAAAGACUAAUAGAUUUAAGAAUUAAAAGAUUAGGUUGACACUCUCACCUCUUAAUUACGGAACUCCCAAGCUUGCAAUGAAGAGAUGCAAUUCCAAUUAAAAUAAAAGCAAUAGCAACAAUAUCAAAGGGUGAAUAAGCCUAGUUAAUCAAGUACUAAAAUACUAUAUACUUAGUGAUUGUUCCCUCGUCAAAUCGAAGUGCUUAAUCAAUAGGUAUUAGUAAUGUUUUCCAGACUCUAUCUACAAAUUCAAGUAUAUCAAUGGAGAAUCCAAAAUCAAAGGAGGAUAUGCAAAAAAUGAUUCGUAGAAUUUCAAUGCAAGCUGCUGCUUCUGCCCAUAUCCUGGCAGUCAAAGGGGAUUACACUUCACUACAAGUUGCCCAUGAGGAAAUGUUGAGUUAGAAGAGUCUUGGAUCCUAAAAGUCAUUGUCUUUUAAGUGA